AACCUUUCUUCACAGCAGAGGUGCUCCAGGCUGAAUUACUUCUUGGAACAGCACCAUCCUUUUCUCACAGUGAAGAAGCAGGCUACAGUCAGGCACCUACCACUUGUGUUUGCAUGGAUGAGAUGCAGCCAAGAAAAAACUUUCAAUGUUCACAGCAUAAUUGGAAAUUUGCAUCUCACGAUCUCAGUUCACUGCUAAAUCAAGCAUCCCUAAUACCAAUAUUCAUUUUGGCACAAUUCAAUUAUAAGAUUUUUAAUAACUAGACUUCUCCUAGUAACUUGGCACGAGCUUCUUACAAAGAAGGAUUUUGUACAGCAGCUGAUUGAAAAAAUCUUCAGCACUGUCAAGUUACCAUGUUCACCUACAUACCGUUUCACAGACUUUUACCCACGCUGGGACGCUGCUCACUGUCCACAGUAUUUAUCUGCAAUUCAUUCUGUUUUCCCUGCUCUGGCAGCCUGGGAAGCAGGGUCGGGGGCAGCCCAGCCCAGCUGACAGGAGCGCACUGCGCAGCGCCGUGCCGGGUGCUGCUGCUCACAGGCAUUGCACGCAUCACAGGAGCGGAGCUGCCUGCGCUGGCUGUGCUCAGACAAUCCUAGCAGCUCAGCGCAUCUCUAGCAGCCUCUGUCACCAGGCUGUCAUUCGUAACACCAUGCAGAGCAUACACACCCUCCUCUUAACUGCUGCUGUUUGCAUCCUCUUUCAAGGCUGCGGCGGCUCCGAGCCCGAGCACCGGCUGUACGCGGCUCUCUUCAAGAACUACAACCAGUUCGUCCGCCCGGUAAAGAACAUCUCGGACCCCGUCAUCAUCCAGUUCGAGGUGUCCAUGUCCCAGCUGGUCAAAGUGGACGAAGUCAACCAGAUCAUGGAGACCAACCUGUGGCUGAAGCACAUCUGGAAUGAUUACAAGCUUCGGUGGAAUCCAGUGGAUUAUGGAGGUGCUGAAUUCAUCCGAGUGCCCUCUGGCCAGAUCUGGAAGCCAGAUAUCGUAUUAUAUAACAAUGCAGUUGGGGAUUUCCAGGUUGAUGACAAGACAAAGGCUCUACUGAAGUACACGGGUGAUGUGACCUGGAUACCCCCAGCUAUAUUUAAAAGCUCAUGUAAAAUAGAUGUAACCUACUUCCCAUUUGACUAUCAGAACUGCACCAUGAAGUUUGGUUCCUGGUCUUAUGAUAAAGCCAAAAUUGACUUGGUUUUAAUCGGCUCUACGAUGAACCUGAAAGAUUACUGGGAGAGUGGAGAAUGGGCCAUUAUUAAAGCUCCUGGGUAUAAACAUGACAUUAAAUAUAACUGCUGUGAAGAGAUCUAUACAGACAUCACAUACUCUCUUUACAUUAGACGCUUACCUUUAUUUUACACUAUCAACAUGAUUAUUCCAUGUCUGCUGAUUUCUUUUCUGACUGUAUUAGUUUUCUAUUUGCCCUCAGACUGUGGUGAAAAGGUGACACUCUGUAUAUCAGUCCUUCUGUCUUUAACGGUGUUUCUUCUUGUUAUCACUGAAACCAUACCUUCUACUUCCCUGGUGAUCCCUCUUAUUGGGGAAUACCUCCUUUUCACUAUGAUAUUUGUAACUCUGUCUAUUGUCAUUACGGUAUUCGUUCUAAACGUGCACUACAGAACACCCAAGACACACACCAUGCCUGUGUGGGUGAGAACUAUCUUCUUGAACUUACUUCCCAGGAUCAUGUUUAUGACAAGGCCGACGAGCGAUGAAGAGAAUAAUCAGAAACCAAAGCCAUUUUACACUUCUGAGUUUUCAAACUUAAAUUGCUUCAACAGCUCUGAAAUCAAAUGCUGCAAAGAUGGCUUUGUAUGUCAAGACGUGACAUGCAGCUGUUGCCAGUAUCAACGAAUGAAGUUUUCCGAUUUCAGUGGCAAUCUCACAAGAAGUUCCAGCUCUGAAUCUGUAGAUCCUCUGUUUUCAUUUUCAGUUCUGUCACCAGAAAUGAGAGAUGCUAUUGAAAGUGUUAAAUACAUUGCAGAAAAUAUGAAAAUGCAGAAUGAAGCAAAAGAGAUUCAGGAUGACUGGAAAUAUGUUGCCAUGGUAAUUGAUCGUAUUUUUCUAUGGGUUUUCAUCCUGGUAUGCAUUCUGGGAACAGCAGGAUUAUUUUUACAACCUUUGAUGACUGGAGAUGACGCGUAAAACCUUAAAACAUCACGCUGUGAAAUCAGAUAGGACUUGUGCCAACCAAACUCUGCACUCUUUACCCCAGCACCUGAUAGCUCUUCUGUGUUUCAGUAGUAGAAUAAGGAUCUCUCUUGGCUUCAACUUUGCUUGACAUAGAAGGCUUUAUUAAAAAAUGUGAUAACAUGAAAAAAGAAAUGUUUAAAACUUUCUCUCCAAGUAUUAUGUGCUGUGCUUGCCAGUUCCUUUUCACAAUAGCUGAAAAAGAUGUGGGUUGUAUGUUAAACUUCACAGAAACUCUUUAAGAAGCUGCUGAUAAACUGAAAGUUAUACAGAUGUUCAGAGAAUCAAGACAAGUUGAGUACUUCAGGCUACCAGAGUUGAAUGGAAGAUAGUUAACACCAGACAUGAUAGGACCUUUGGAAAUAAGUUCAUAUUAAUUUAAUGUAUGCCUUGAUAAGGACAAAAUGGGAAGCAUACAUACCAAACGCUACAGAACACUGCCACCCAGUGUAUAAAUCCAUUCAAACUGUGGGAAGAAAGGUCCGUGGGCAGGUUUGUUAGGAAAGGAAUAAUAGAUGAGUAAUAGGUGAUGGUUUUAUACAAGGGAAGGCAAGUAGAUACAAAAUACUUCCGUAAAGUAUGCUAAAAUUAUGUCUUAGGUAUAUGUCUUCUUUUUCUAAACCAAUAACUGAAAAUGAUUUGAGAGCUUGGAUAAACAAUACAACAAAAAUACUGUAAUGAGAUGUUUUGUAAAGAUAUAAACUGUUCUCUCUGUACCAAACUGGAAACUUUUUAGAAACAGUGGUAUCAAAUGAGGAAACAUUCGUGAAAAUAAAGAGAAUCAAGCUGUUGAAAAUUGUGAUUUUCUUUCAUUUAUUUUGACCAAGAGACAAAAGCUAUAUUAGUUACAUCUCAACACAUUCAGAAAGAAGUAAAGGCCCAUGCUUCUGAGUCUAUUAAAAAUAAUUUCAUUUCACACACACCUGAGGAUGAGCUGAAAACCCCAAUGAUUCCAGCAUAUCUUUUUCAUCCACAGAUAUCGUGAUCAGAUUAUAGAAAUGACUGAAAGAACUUCAUGCAUUUGCAAAAACUGUUAGUUACUAGCAUAAAGGCUGGAACUCCAUUGGCCACGCUGCCAAUUACCCCAUGAUAUAAUUAAGAGUCUUCAGACAUUACUGAACAAGGUACAGGAGGGGAGCUAAAAAGAUACAUGGCUAAUAUCCUUGCUUUGUUUUCUUUUCUGAUAAGGGUAAACUGUAGUAAGUAAUUUAAAGCUAAGGAGGACUAUAAAAAGAAACUUUGCAUUUGGAACAGAAAUAAGAUGUCCAAAGCACUUCUGUAGUUUUCAAACAUAGUUUCUGAUGCAUUAAUAUUAGUAAUACUGAGAAAGUUAUAAAACUAAUGGAUUAAAUCAGAUUGCAAAUUCACUUUUAAAAUAAGUUAUGAUGGGAAUGCAGAAAAUACUGAUAUCUAACGCCAGAUGGAAUUGUGUAACUGAAGAGGAAGAGUCAUUUCUUUUUCAACCAGAAUUAUUUAUAACUUGGUAAAAAAUAAUAGCAUGUUUUUACAGAUUAGUUGGCAUCAUUUCCCUGUGCAGGGGACUUCAAAAGCUGUACGUUAGCCCUGCAGGAUACAGCUCUGUUAUGAAGGAACAAAGAAACUGACAAAACCUAAAGUGUAGGAAAAACAUUCUCUUCUAGAGUCUCUGCCAGAAAUAAAACUUUUAAGAAUAGCAGCACUGGAAUCAAUUUAAAAAAUUAAC